GCAUUUCUUUCUUCAUUCAGUGUUAUUGAUAUAAAAGUAACAUACAGUACUGUGUAAGUUUAAGGUGUACAGCACAAUCCUUUGAUAAAUUGGGAAUCUGCAUUUCUAACAAAGGUCUAUGAUGCAUUCUUUGGGUUGGUUGUGCUGGAAGGGUCAGUAGUAGAACUCCCCACUGAUGAGCUGAGACUGUAAGGUUUCCUCUGCAUAGUGUUUGCUGACUUUUUGAUUUAUACAGUUUUGGCUGCUCACUCCCCUUCUCCAACCCCGACUGCUUCCUUCCCAUACCUUGUUGGAACCCAGACCCUGAAAGUGUGGGCUUCCCAGCCAGAGUGUCCUCCUGCUCCUGGCCUAUAUCUGGUGUGCAUGGAAGCAGAAGUAACCCAGAGUCUGGGUUCACGUUGGUUGGUCAGGUGGAUCCCGCCACUGGGACGAGACUGGGCUGUCUGCGGUUUCAGGCAGAGCCUGGUGGCCUCCUUCCAGGCCUCUUCCUACUUCAGGAACACAAGGGGGUGGGAUGUGGAGCCCCCAUCCCUUUGCUCUGCAAGGGCAGAGAGUGGCUGCAAACUCUUGCCUGUGCGGUGAGCUUGAUAGCUGGGGUGGAAGUCCAGGCCUGCCUCCUGCCGGAGAGGGCAAGGCAGCGGUGGAGUGGGCAGGCCGGCCUCAGCAGUGUGGAAGGGCCGAAGCGAUGCGGCACUUUGUGAGAAGUCAGGGAAUGUGACUGAGGGAGCGCAAAUGUUCUCCCAAGCCUGUGUCGAGAGCAGCGGAAUUUAGAAACUGGAUCCACAUUGCCUGCCACCUUGGUCUUACACCUCAUCUGCACGGCAGGACUAAUCCUCAUCAGGUGGUGGCCAGGAGGAUUAUUGGGGUGGCGCACUUAUUUAGCAUGUGGUGAGCAGUGUUCAAAAAUUGUUAGCUGCCGCCAUUCUCAUAAUGAUUAGCAUCACAGAGAGUUUGGAGCAAAGAUCCUCAGGGUGGUGGGGAUCAGGGAGGCUUUGGGUGGCAAGUGGCCCUUGAGAGAUGGGAUCGGGAGGAGUGCAGACAUGUUCUGGAGGAAGAAGCUGAACGGGGAGGUCACUGCGGCGACCGGUGGGCAGGAUGACUAGAAAGUGCACUGAGGCCAGAGCACGGGGAGCUUCAAAUGGCAGGUUUUAAAGUCUGACCGUUUCCUGUAACCUUGAGGGGAUGGGAGAUGGGAGAUAUUUUGGGGCAGAGCUCAAGACAACCCAAGGGGCGGCCCACAUACGUGGUCAUGGAAAAAAGGGUUCCGCCUUCACCUCCCCGCUGCACAUGGCUCUCUUGCUGGCAGGGCCUUCCUCAUCCAGGGCAGAAGAUCCAGAACUGGCUGGAGCAGCUCACCAGGCUGCUUGAACGUUCCGUGUGACACUUACGGCUCCGUUUGAGCAAAGCCCAUGCCAGCGAGGGGGGAGGCUGCAUGCACGGGUUGCCGCCCUAUCCAAGGCAUAGACUGAACCCUAAGCCAAGAAACACAUCAACUUCCUGGAACUCUUGAGCCCUCGUCACAGCUGUCAGCCUUCAGAGCACACGCAGGGCUGUCCUGAUGAGAGGAGAUGGUUUUGCCUCGAGCUUUGCAGACAGCGGGAGGACAGGCAUUGAUUGCUGUGGAGAGCGACACCUAGUCUGGUUGCUCUGACUCUGCUCCAGUGGUGGUGGCUUUGAGGUGUGACCCUCUCCACGUUUGGGCCCAGCCAGUGCCAGCUCCUCAGUAAGGAGGGCCAGCUUGAUAAGGCGAAGGAAACAGUGUCAACGAGUGAUUCCAAGAGAAGAAAACAAGAAGUGAACACAAGCCCGUCCUACUACGCGUGGAUGAUAGCUAUAGCAGGGGAAAAUCUCGUAGUGUAUCAGUUGGGGCAGAAAAUGGAGUUCCGUGGCAGAGGCUUCUUAGAAGCUUAAAGCCUUGUCCCAAUGACGUCAAGUUCACCCGUUGGCUUGGAAGGCCCAGACUUGGCUUCCAUCAACACCAUGAUGUCCGCGGUGAUGAGUGUAGGGAAGGUCGCCGAGAAUGGCGGGAGCCCCCAGAGCGCCAAGGCCCCCACGAAGCCGCCAGGACCGAAUCGGAUCGGCAGAAGGAACCAGGAAACAAAAGAGGAGAAGUCUUCCUAUAACUGUCCCCUGUGUGAGAAGGUUUGCACUACACAGCAUCAGUUAACUAUGCACAUUCGCCAGCAUAACACGGACACUGGAGGGGCAGACCACUCAUGCAGCAUCUGCGGGAAGUCUCUGAGCUCGGCCAGCUCCCUGGACCGCCACAUGCUGGUGCACUCUGGCGAGAGGCCGUACAAGUGCACAGUGUGCGGCCAGUCUUUCACCACCAAUGGGAACAUGCACAGACAUAUGAAGAUUCAUGAGAAGGACCCUAACAGUGCUACAACCUCAGCCCCUCCGUCCCCACUGAAGCGCAGGAGGUUCUCCUCCAAAAGGAAACUGAGUCAUGAUGCCGAGUCGGAGAAAGAAGACCCAGCACCUGCUAAAAAGAUGAUAGAAGAUGCGCAGUCGGGUGACUUGGACAAAAAGGCUGACGAAGUAUUCCACUGCCCGGUAUGUUUCAAGGAGUUUGUUUGCAAGUAUGGACUGGAGACCCACAUGGAGACCCACUCAGAUAACCCACUAAGAUGUGACAUUUGCUGCGUCACCUUUCGAACACAUCGAGGAUUGCUGCGCCACAAUGCACUUGUCCACAAACAGCUUCCCAGGGAUGCGAUGGGAAGGCCUUUCAUACAGAACAACCCCUCAAUUCCUGCUGGCUUCCACGACUUAGGAUUCACUGACUUCUCCUGUAGGAAGUUUCCUCGAAUUUCUCAGGCCUGGUGCGAAACAAACCUGCGGAGGUGUACCAGCGAGCAGCAGCGUUUCGUCUGCGACACGUGUGACAAGGCGUUCCCCAUGCUCGCCUCGCUCACCCUGCACAAGCAGACCCACGCCACCACGGACCAGGGACGGGAAAGGCUGCAGGCCAAGCCCCUGCCUGGUGACGCCCUGGACCAGAAGGCCUUCCUGGCCUUCCUGGGCCUGCAGCACACCAAAGACGUCAGGCCUGCCCCCUCUGAGGAGCCCCUGCCCGAUGACAACCAAGCAAUACAGCUCCAGACACUCAAUUGUCAGCUACCUCAGGACCCCGGCUGCACCAACAUGCUGAGCCUGUCUCCUUUUGAAGCUGCUUCCCUGGGCGGUUCUUUCACGGUCCUCCCGGCCACCAAGGAGAGCAUGAAGCACCUGUCCCUACAGCCUUUCCAGAAGGGCUUCAUCAUCCAGCCCGACAGUAGUAUUGUGGUCAAACCCAUCUCCGGUGAGUCGGCCAUUGAGCUGGCAGACAUCCAGCAGAUUCUGAAGAUGGCAGCCUCAGCUCCCCCUCAGAUCAGUCUUCCGCCCCUCUCCAAGGCCCCUGCCACCCCUCUGCAGGCGAUUUUCAAACACAUGCCCCCUCUGAAGCCAAAGCCCUUGGUCACACCGCGGACAGUGGUGGCCACCUCCACGCCUCCUCCUCUCAUCAAUGCCCAGCAGGCCUCCCCCGGCUGCAUCAGCCCCAGCCUGCCCCCGCCACCCCUGAAGCUCCUCAAGGGCUCGGCAGAGGUGGCCUCCCACGCCCACCUGCUGCAGUCCAAGUCCGCGGCCCAGCCAAGCAUGGCCACACCGCUCUUCCUUCAGCAGCCCCGGGUGGAUCUGCCCGGCCAGGCCGAGAUAAAGACGCAGCUGGAGCAGGACAGCAUCAUCGAGGCCCUGCUGCCCCUGAGCAUGGAGGCCAAGAUCAAGCAGGAGAUAACAGAGGGGGACCUCAAGGCCAUCAUGACGGGACCCGGCAGCAAGAAGACGCCAGCCAUGCACAAGGUGCUCUACCCCUGUCGCUUCUGCAACCAGGUGUUCGCCUUCUCCGGGGUGCUGCGCGCGCACGUGCGCUCCCACCUGGGCAUCUCGCCCUACCAGUGCAACAUCUGCGACUACAUUGCCGCCGACAAGGCUGCGCUCAUCCGCCACCUGCGCACGCACAGUGGCGAGCGGCCCUACAUCUGCAAGAUCUGCCACUACCCCUUCACCGUCAAGGCCAACUGCGAGCGGCACCUCCGCAAGAAGCACCUCAAGGCCACCCGCAAGGACAUCGAGAAGAACAUCGAGUACGUGACCAGCAGCGCCGCCGAGAUGGUGGAUGCCUUCUGCUCCCCCGACACGGUGUGCAGGCUGUGCGGAGAAGACCUGAAGCACUACCGCGCGCUGCGCAUCCACAUGCGCACACACUGCGGCCGCGGCCUGGGCGGCUGCCCCAAGGGCCGCAAGCCCUUCGAGUGCAAGGAGUGCAGCGCCGCCUUCUCGGCCAAGCGCAGCUGCAUCCACCACGUCCUCAAGCAGCACCUGCACGUUCCUGAGCGCGACAUUGAGAGCUAUGUCCUGGCCGCCGAUGGCCCAGGCACCGCCGGGGUGCCCGCAGAGACCUCGGGGAAGAUAGAGGAGGGUGGUGGGGCCUUUGGCGAGCGGAAACCCCCAGCCACCUUCCUGGAACCCCAAAACGGCUUUCUUCAUGGCAGCCCCACCCAGUCUCUGCCUCCCCACGUCUCAGUCAAGUUGGAGCCCACCAGCAACUUUACAGUGGACUUCAACGAGCCCCUGGACUUCUCCCAGAAGGGCCUGGCCCUGGUCCAAGUGAAGCAGGAAAACGUGGUCUCCUUCCUCAGCGCCUCUUCCUCGGCCCCCUAUGACAGCUCUAUGGAGCCCAUCGACUUGUCCAUCCCCAAGAACUUCAGGAGGGGAGACAAAGACGAGGCUGCUCCCAGCGAAGACGGCCGACACGAGCAGGAGCCGGAGAGCCGCGAGCAACCCUCCCCCUGCCCACCGCCUUGCCCUGCCCUGCCGGUGACCUUGGCACCCAGUGGGAUCCUGGAAAAUCUUGUGGCCCCUGCGGCAGCAGCCGCGGCUCUGGAAGCGCACCCCCAGCCCCUGCAGGGUUCCGUCCAGCUGGCAGUCCCCAUCUACUCCUCGGCCCUGGUCAACAGCUCGCCGGUCCUGGGCAACUCCGCCCUCAUCAGCAGCCCAGCCUUGCUGCGGCCACUGCGCCCCAAGCCCCCCCUGCUCUUGCCAAAGCCCUCCGUCACAGAAGAGCUACCCCCACUGGCCUCCAUCGCCCAGAUCAUCUCAUCUGUGUCUUCGGCUCCCACCUUGCUGAAAACUAAGGUGGCUGACCCGGGGCCCACAAACACUGGCAGUAACACCGCAGCUCCAGACAGCCUAGGAGGCACCGUCCCCAAAGCUGCCCCCGCCCCCACCAGCACCACAAGCCCAAAAGAAUCCAGUGACCCAUCCCCUGCUGCCAGCAGCCCUGGAGCAGCGUCCCCCACCGAACAGGGGCCAACUGGCUUGUCAAAGAAGAGGGGCCGGAAAAGGGGGACGAGGAGCCGGCCCCGCGCCAGCAGCGGUGGGGUGGAUCUGGACUCCAGCGGGGAGUUUGCCAGCAUUGAGAAGAUGCUGGCCACCACGGACACCAACAAGUUUAGUCCAUUUCUGCAGACGGCAGAGGAUGAUGCUCAGGACGAGGUGGCCAGAGCCUCUGCAGACCACAACGGGCCCAGUGAUGAAGAGCAGGGCAGCCCUCCGGAAGACAGGCUGCUGAGGGCAAAGCGGAACUCUUAUGCCAACUGCCUGCAGAAGAUCAGCUGUCCCCACUGCCCCCGGGUCUUCCCUUGGGCCAGCUCCCUCCAGAGGCACAUGCUCACGCACACUGGUCAGAAACCCUUCCCUUGUCAAAAAUGCGAUGCCUUCUUUUCUACCAAAUCUAACUGUGAACGCCACCAGUUGCGCAAACACGGAGUUACCAACUGCUCCCUGAGAAGAAACGGGCUUAUCCCCCAGUCAAAAGAGAGUGAUGUUGGACCCCAUGAUAGCACAGAUAGCCAGUCAGACGUGGAGUCAGCCGCGGGAGGUGAAGUGCUGGACCUGACCUCCCGGGAGAAGGAGCAGCCCGCGUCAGAGGGAGCCUGUGAGCCCUGCCCGGGCAAGGAGGAGCCCCCCGCGGAGGAGGUGAGGCCCGGAGCAGCCUCGCCUGUGGACGGGGAUGGGAGGGGAGCCCAGGAGAGCCAGGAGCAGGAGGGAGAGCGUGUGGAGGACAGGGACGAGGACACAGACAGCCCGGAGGAGGACACCGUCAGCAACAAGAGCCUGGACCUCAACCUCGCCAGCAAGCUGAUGGGCUUCAAGCUGGCCGAGGGCGCUGCGGGCAGUGGGGGCGCCACCCAGCCCGACCAGAAGCACGCCUGCGACAUCUGCGGCAAGAGCUUCAAGUUCCUGGGGACCCUGAGCCGCCACAGAAAGGUGCACAGCCACGAGGAGCCCCCGGAGGAGGACGCGCCCCCCACAGAGGGCCAGGACGCAGGUGGAGUGGCCGAGGGGCCCAGCCCAGCCGCCGUGCCCGAGGAGAACCCUGCCGACUCCUGGGCCCCGGAGCCCACGGCUGACGGGGCGGCCGAGAAGCACAGCGAGGAGGUGGAGGGUGCCUCCGACGGGGAGGGAGCGGCCGAGAAGAAGUUCUCGGAGAAGAGUGACGAAGACAAGAAGCCAAAGACAGACUCCCCCCGAAGCGUGGCCAGCAAGGCGGACAAGAGGAAGAAGGUCUGCAGCGUGUGCAACAAGAGGUUCUGGUCCCUGCAGGACCUGACCCGUCACAUGCGGUCGCACACGGGAGAAAGACCGUACAAAUGUCAGACCUGCGAGCGAACCUUUACCCUGAAGCACAGCCUGGUUCGCCAUCAGCGGGUCCACCAGAAAGCCAGGCAUGCCAGACACCACGGGAAGGACAGCGACAAGGACGAGCGGGCAGAGGAGGACAGCGAGAGCGAGUCUGCCCACAGCGGUCACAACGCCGUCUCGGAGAGCGAGGCCGACUCAGUUCUGCCCGCCACCAGCCACGUGGCCGUCACCCGGAGCCGGAAGGAGAGCCUGGCCAACGCCGCCAGGGAUCCCAGCCGCCGCCGGGAGGAGCGGGUGGCUGGUCGGACAGCUGGUACCAGCCAGGCUGACACCAGCAAGAGUGCUGCCAGGGCGUCUCCCGCUGGCAGCCCCGAGGAGCAGGCGUCUCGGGGGGACCCCGACCCGGAGAGCCCGGCGGCCCUCCUGCAGGACCUGCUGGAGCUCCAAGUUCAUCAGUUUGCUGGUCUCUGCAGUCAGCAGAAACAAAUGGGCAAUAUUUGUCCUGGGAGACCCAGGCUGCCCCUGGGUCCCCAUUUAAGUGUCUGCCUGCAGCUUUCCUCAGCACCCUCGGGUGGCAGUUCUUCUACUGUAUUUAGACAAGCCUUUCUUCCGUGACUGCAGAAUCCAGCAGGGGCCGUGAACAGUCCCGCAACACACAGCCAGGAAGCAGCUCAGAGAGGGGACAGCGAGGGUGCGUGUGCCUGGGCUUCUGAGAAAGCCAGGCAGUGAGGAGGCCUGUCACUCACUGGUCUUCCUGCCAAACCUGACCCGGGCCUUACCCACCUGUGCUACUGUCCUUUGCAAAGCGAGGAAAUACUACUACUGGUAAUAAAACUGCACAUGCAAGAUUGAAGAUGAGAACUAGGUGUAUAUUUACCUUCCUGCGAUUUGGGGUUGGUGCUUGAAGAUUAACUUGCUGUUUCCAGGUUGUCAAAGAGCCUGAACCCCUGGGUGCAAAGAGGCAGGAUUUUUUCAGGAGCAUCCUACGUAGGCCGUAGACUUCCCUCACUACAGCUGCCAGCAGUGAAAAGAAAUCGAUCCUACUGUAGCUGAGCUCGCGCUCAGCAUCCUGGCCUUGAGCCGAGACCUUGAGGAUGCCCAAGCCUUAGGGCUGCCAGGGGCCCCCCACUGCUCAGACCUUCUUGCCUCCCCCUAGGGGAGCCAGCCCUGCCUCUGCCCACCUGUCUGAGCAUCCCUGCCCUUCCUGGCCCUCCGUGCUCUUCCUCUCCUGGAACGUGUGCACGCAGGGACACUCAGCCCCAUUUCCCUCUGCGUCCUCACCUGGUGGCCAAAAUCCUACCACCCAGACUUCAAAGGAAGAUGCAUAUUCUUCAGAUAUCUUUGCAUGUGAAAGGAAAAAGUUUGAGUAUAUAUGAUUUUUAAUUGUAUUAGGGAUGUAUGAACCAGUUUCAAAAUGAGGUUUUAUUUUCUCUAGAUGAAUACAGAUCAGAACCAGUGAUCCCCCAGGGUCACUUUAUAGCGAGUGUGGUCCUACGUAAAACCAGUUCAGGCAUCCCUUAAUUUUUUAUGACAAUUGUUGUUAUUAUUAUUUGGGGUUUCUUGUGUUUGUUUUUCUCUGCAACUCUCCGCACUAGAACCCGCUGCCUUGCGGGGAGAGGCCAUGACUGAGCUCUGCGCUGCGGUGGGAUGUAGGCAGAUCUGGUUCCCACCGCCCAGCGGGGCUGCAGCUCGCAAUAAUCACGACUGAUUCAAAGCUUUAUUUAGCCCUCAUCUGUGCCCUCUUAGUCGAUAAGGUCUUGCCACAUUUUAUUAGUGAGGUUGACAAACGUAUUAUUUGUUGUUCUGCCUCUCCCCCUCCUCUGCCCCCCCCCCCCCGCCCCGGUAUUAAACUGUGAAAUCUGUGAUUUGUUUAAAACUCUGGGUGAAUCAUAGCUUAGUGUGCAUGUCCAGCUAAUUUGUUUCUAUUCAUUUUGUUUGAUUCUCUUUCUCCUUCUCUCAGGGCUUUUACAAAAAGAUAUAUAUAUAUGGAUCUCUGAAAAGUUUUUUUUUGAGGUGCAAGUUUUUCUCUUUUGUUUUUCUCUUUGAUUUGUGGACACAAUGCUGAGAUUCAAUCACUACAUGAAACUCCUGGCUGUGAAAACAAAAAACCCAGGGCUAUUUCCUGAACAGCCCCGGGGAAGCUACGUGCAGUCGGACGCCUGUUUUUGAACGAUUCAUGUACCCUCCAUUUCUCUUGUCUCUUUCCUCUCCUCUUUCUUCAAGAAGGAAGUUGAUCCUAGUGAUUUCAGCCCAUGCAUUAAACAGGAAACAAUAAUAAAUGUGUAGAACUCAUAUUUUUCUAAAGGGAACUUAAAAACUGCUGCUACAUGUUAUGUACAAAACUGGUUUAUGCCACAUGAACAGAAUCACAAGUUUGGUUUUGGUACUUUUUGUUCCUCUUUGUAUUCAGUUGUAUAGUACUUCCAAAUUCAGAAUGAGAAGAAAAGCUGUUCUGUAUCAAACCAUCUAAGCAAUAAAUGUUAUAUUUUAAAAACAGCAGCUUGCUCAUCA